GAGACUAGAAAAGCUGGCGGCGGUGCGCGCGGGCAGCCAGUACAGUCAGAGCCGAGCUCGCGAGCGGAAGACCAACGGUUGCAGCGGUUACAGAGUUGUACCGUUCAUAUAAAAACACCAGAUAUUUAAAACACUACAGUCCGUUUCUGGGAGGUUAUGGGCCGGGCUCCGUACUGAGGGAGCGACAAACAAGAUCGAUUGGUCGUUGUUGAACACGGAAAUAAUGAUGAAGAAGGAUAUUAACUUGAGCCUGGCGGACGAGGCGGACCUCAAACCGCAUCUCCGCGACGCCGAGAGCAUCCUCAGCUCCCCGGACCUGGGGCUCCUCAAGCUGGCCUCCCCUGAGCUGGAGAGGCUAAUCAUCCAGUCCAACGGGAUGGUCACCACGACGCCCACCAGCUCCCAGUUCCUCUACCCGAAGACGGUAACGGACGAGCAGGAGUUCGCCGAGGGCUUCGUGAAGGCGCUGGAGGAUCUGCACAAGCAGAAUCAGCUGAGCGGAGCCGCGCAGACGAACAGCAGCCUGGAGCUGGGCGCUAACAUCGCUCCGGUCACCGUGCAGCCGGAUCUACCGGUGUACACAAACUUGAACAGUUACGGCAGCGGGCCGCUGGAAACCACCGUCAACUACUCCACAGACACUGUCCCUUUCCCGCCUCCUCCGUCGCAUCAUUUGGGGGCAGCCCCGCCGCAGCCGGAACUCUCUCGGGUCCAGCCGCUAAAGGAGGAGCCACAGACGGUCCCCGACGUGCAGAGCUUCGGGGAGAGCCCGCCGCUGUCCCCCAUCGAGAUUGACUCACAGGAGCGCAUGAAAGCCGAGAGGAAGAGGCUCAGGAACCGGAUCGCAGCCUCCAAGUGUCGGAUGCGCAAACUGGAGCGCAUCUCCAGGCUGGAGGACAAGGUCAAAACGCUGAAAAGCCACAACACAGAUCUGGCCUCGACGGCGAGCCUGCUGAGGGAGCAGGUGGCCCAGCUGAAACAGAAAGUCCUCACCCAUGUCAACAGCGGCUGCCAGCUGCUGCCACACGAAGUUCAAGUGCACUAGUGGAAGGACAGACAUACAAGAUGGGCUUACUGACCAGCAUAUAAGCUUCAUGGACUUUAAUAAUGGGUUUGUUUUUUUUUGGUCUGCAUGUAGCGUAGCCCCAGGGGUGUGUGCCAGGCCACAUAGGCCAAAUUGUACGUUAAUAAUCGGCUGUUUAAGUGGCUUUGAGUAUCGGCAAAAAUAUAAAUAUACCUGGUAGAACACGCUUUUGGAUAUUGGUUGAUGAGAGUCCAUCAGAUAAUGUGAAUUGCAUUUUUAUUUUUUAAAAUAAGAAGCAAUUUCCACGAUCCACAUUGCUGUCAUCCUCCGCCCGAUGGAGAGGAUGCAGUAUUAAUCAGUGGAUUUUUUAAUAAAUAUUCGCCUUUUCGUUUAUUGGAUUAAUGCCGAACCGAAGAGCGUAUGCCUUUAAUAUGUUCAAUGUAUGAAAUCCUGUUCUACCUUGUAUAUACAUUAACUGGUACGCAAAGCAACGUUAAACUGCUUUUUUCUUAAAUGCAAUUUGGCCAUGUGCUUUCCUGACGAGAGAACGAGGCACCUAUCGGGGCUAUAUGCUCACAUUUAAUGACAGAAGGCACAUAUCUAGAUUUGUUUUUUCCCCUGUAAAAAUGUUUACAGACUGUCAGUAUGCAGUCUCAAACCUGGACCAAACGGAUUUAUUAAUAUUUCUACAGUAAUAUGCACAUUUAUGACACAGCUUAAUAUAUAGAGAAUAGGCUGUACAAAUGCACACACCCACAUUUCAUAUAAAAAAAAGAGUCAAUCACAACAUAUAUGGACAAUUUUACCAUGUAUUUCUGUAGGGAAUAAUCUGCAUGUUGUUGACAUACUCGAAUGUUGCCCACAGAUGGGUGUCAAAGGGUGCAAUUAAUCAGUGUUUAUUAUCCUUGACAUUUACAAACACACAUGUAUUUCUCUAUUUUAUACAUUACUGUGUCCCUAUUUCAGUGUGUUCAUGUUUUAAUGUGAAGAGUGGUAACCUUUGUGUUGCACUGACUGUUGCUGUCACCUCUAGCCUACAGAUAUUUGGCUGUAUGCCGCUGUGUUCUGAAUUAAAUGCUGCUGGCAAUAAACACUGUUUCCUUCAA